AUGGCUAGUCCAAAUUCUAUUUGUGAUUCAACAUCUGAAACAAUCUCUAACGAUUCAUCUUGUUUCUCAUUGAAAGUUAUCGAUACUGUCGAUUUAAAUGUUCAACAACAUCAACAGGAUCAUCAGAAUGAUCUUAAUCUUCAAUCAAGUAUGAAUUUGACAAGUAGUAAGACUGAGAAUAUCAAUACUACUACUACUACUACUACUACUACUACUACUACUACUACUACUACUACUACUACUACUACUACUACUACUACUACUACUACUACUACUACUACUACUACUACUACUACUACUACUACUACUACUACUACUACUACUACUACUACUACUACUACUACUACUACUACUACUACUACUACUACUACUACUACUACUACUACUACUACUACUACUACUACUACUACUACUACUACUACUACUACUACUACUACUACUACUACUACUACUACUACUACUACUACUACUACUACUACUACUACUACUACUACUACUACUACUACUACUACUACUACUACUACUACUACUACUACUACUACUACUACUACUACUACUACUACUACUACUACUACUACUACUACUACUACUACUACUACUACUACUACUACUACUACUACUACUACUACUACUACUACUACUACUACUACUACUACUACUACUACUACUACUACUACUACUACUACUACUACUACUACUACUACUACUACUACUACUACUACUACUACUACUACUACUACUACUACUACUACUACUACUACUACUACUACUACUACUACUACUACUACUACUACUACUACUACUACUACUACUACUACUACUACUACUACUACUACUACUACUACUACUACUACUACUACUACUACUACUACUACUACUACUACUACUACUACUACUACUACUACUACUACUACUACUACUACUACUACUACUACUACUACUACUACUACUACUACUACUACUACUACUACUACUACUACUACUACUACUACUACUACUACUACUACUACUACUACUACUACUACUACUACUACUACUACUACUACUACUACUACUACUACUACUACUACUACUACUACUACUACUACUACUACUACUACUACUACUACUACUACUACUACUACUACUACUACUACUACUACUACUACUACUACUACUACUACUACUACUACUACUACUACUACUACUACUACUACUACUACUACUACUACUACUACUACUACUACUACUACUACUACUACUACUAUACUACUACUACUACUACUACUACUACUACUACUACUACUACUACUACUACUACUACUACUACUACUACUACUACUACUACUACUACUACUACUACUACUACUACUACUACUACUACUACUACUACUACUACUACUACUACUACUACUACUACUACUACUACUACUACUACUACUACUACUACUACUACUACUACUACUACUACUACUACUACUACUACUACUACUACUACUACUACUACUACUACUACUACUACUACUACUACUACUACUACUACUACUACUACUACUACUACUACUACUACUACUACUACUACUACUACUACUACUACUACUACUACUACUACUACUACUACUACUACUACUACUACUACUACUACUACUACUACUACUACUACUACUACUACUACUACUACUACUACUACUACUACUACUACUACUACUACUACUACUACUACUACUACUACUACUACUACUACUACUACUACUACUACUACUACUACUACUACUACUACUACUACUACUACUACUACUACUACUACUACUAUAA